AUGGACUUCUAUACUCCCUCCAACUCACACCAGCAAACUGGGCCGGUUCAUGCGUGGCGUAAUCCUGCAAACAAAGACUGGUGUGGAAGUGCAGGCAUUGAUAACUGGAUUAAUGGAAUUGGUCCUAAUCCUGUAAAAAUUGAGACCAAUAAGUUGGUCCUCGGCCUUCCAUUUUAUGGCUAUGAAUGGACUCUGGCAGGCAAACAUGAACAUGAGUUCUUUGCAGUCGCUGAUCCAGCAAAAGCAACCUCCUUAGAGUUCAGAACUAUCCAGGAGCAAUAUAUCAACAAAUAUGGAGGCCGACUCGUGAAUAAUGACGCGUAUGGUGCCACCUACUGGCAUCAGGAGGCUAUUUGGAUUGAUUUUGACAAUGCGCAUUGCAUCGCUACUAAGGUUGGGGAGGCGUUUACGGAAUAUAACUUGGGCGGUUACGUCGCAUGGCAUCUGGAAGCCGAUGACUACAAUUGGACUCUCUCAAAAGCUGGUAAUAAUUAG